UUUAUUCAUUCAUUCAUCAAUGAGCUAGAAAGAAAGAAUAACUGAACACGGCUCUCAUAGAAUACAAGAAGAAGAAGAAGAAUCAUCAUCAUCGAGAAGAAUUGAUUCAAACAAUUAAAGAGAUCGAGAUAUGGAUGAGAGAAAUGAACCAGAAUUGAAGAGGCUAGGGUUUGUCAGAGUUAUCGCGCUCAACACUCUUCUCUGCGCCUCCAAUCUCUACGAUUACGCAAAGAAAAACUCCGGUCCACUCAAAUCGGCCGUCGGUACAGUGGAGAACGCCGUCACGCCAGUCCUCGUCCCUGUUCGCGACAAAUUCAAAGACCUUCCUGCCCAAUUUCUUGUUUUCCUUGACGACAAGGUUGAUGAGGCAGUAAACAAAUUCAACAUACAUGCUCCAAUAAUAGCUAAGAAGGUAGUAAGUCAAGGAAAAGAUAUGAUAAAGAGGACAUCAGAAGAAGCCCAAGUUCUAGUGAAGGAUGUUCAGGUUGGGGGAGCAUCUGCAGGAAUUGAACAUGCAUCUGCGUUGUUCAAAGAGCUGUUUGUGUGGUGGUCAGUGAGAUUCUGGUACUUAGCCAAUACUAUAAAACCUUGUAAAGCAGUUGCACACAAGGCUAUUCCUGUGCUCACUGUAUGUGCUGACAAGUACAACCAGACUCUUACUGGCUUGACCUCAAAGGGUUAUGCAGCCAUAGCUUAUUUUCCUUUAGUUCCUGUUGAUGAGAUGGCUAAUGCCUAUAAGAAGUUUGAAACUGAUCAGAAAGGUAAUUCUUCUGAAACUGAUCUUCCUCCUCAUGAUGAUGGUGACAAAAGUGGAACCAAAGCAGAUUAAUAGAUAUAAUAUGAUUUCAUUCCCCACUAUUACUAUUGUAAUUAGCACUAGUUUGCUAAGUGUGACAAAUAAUGGGGGUUGCUAAGUGUGGACUACUGUGGAUUUUCUACUUCAGUUUCCUUUCUUUUGUUUUGUUUUGUUUAGCUCAAUCACUCUGUAUAUUUUGAUGCUAAGGCAAACUUUAAUUUCCCAUA